CUAUUUACGGACGCAACCGGAACAUUCGUGACCAUACCUUCUACACAUGUGUACAGUAAGAAUCCAGUGCAGUUUGCUCUGAUCUUAUUGGGAUUAAGUGUAAACCUAUUUAAAUAAGAAAUUAAAUAGCACAAACUAACAGUCCUGAGACUCUUGUGACGGCUUUGCCAACAAUAUGGCGGAGAUCGUUCAGCAGCGGAUUGAGGACAGGAUCCCUGAGUUGGAGCAGCUGGAAAGAGUGGGGCUGUUUACCAAGAAAGAAGUCAAAUCCUUAAUCAAGAGGGCAACAGCUUUGGAGUACAAGCUCCACAGGUUGAUAGUAAACAAGGACGACUUUAUUGCAUACAUUCAGUAUGAAAUCAACGUCUUGGAACUGAUUAAGAAGAGAAGAGCUCACAUACAUUACCAGUUCAAAAGAGAGGAGAUAGAGUUUCCCAUCAUACACAGAAUAAAUGGGAUCUUCAGAAGAGCUACGAAGAAGUGGAAGGAUGAUGUGCAGCUGUGGCUCUCACAUAUUGCCUUCUGCAAGAAAUGGGCCACUAAAGGCCAGAUCAGCAAGGUGUUCUCGACUAUGCUUGCCAUCCACCCUGACAAGCCAGCCCUUUGGAUCAUGGCUGCUAAGAGUGAGCUGGAGGAUCGAGAUUCUUCUGAAAGCGCCAGACACCUGUUCCUGCGAGCUCUGCGUUUUCACCCAAACAACAAGAAAGUCUACCAGGAGUACUUUCGUAUGGAAUUGCUGCACUGUGAGAAGUUGAGGAAGCAAAAGGAACAGCUGGAGAAGGCCGAAAUGGACCUGGGUGAAUACGAGUUUUCUCCAGAGAUACUGAGUGGCAGACUGGCUGAGGUUGUCUACAAAGAUGCUACGGGAAAAAUCAAUGAGGCAGAGUUUGUCAUCUCACUUCUAAACAUAGCAGCUAUCUUUGACUUCACGAAAGAACUCCAAGACUCCAUCCUGCAAGACUUACAGGAAAACUACACCGAGGAUAGCUUGACGUGGAAUUUCAUGGCUAAGAGGCAGCUGGAGGCUCCGGGGGUAGGGGAGGAGCUCCAAACAGCCAAAGGGCGGGCCUCAGAUAUCAACCGCAGAGAGGAACGCUGCUGCCAGGUCUACGAGGAGGGUCUCAAGAGCAUGAACACCGAGCCAAUGUGGAGUUGCUAUGUGGCCUUCUGCUUGGAAAGACAAAAGAGAAAGACCAAUGUCCAAGAGCUGAAGGAAAAAAGGCAGGAAAGGCUGCUUGGAGUACUAAAACGUGCCCAUGAUGCCUCACUACUGAAAGAGGAAUAUUACAAGAACUGGCGAUACAGCCAUUCGGUGUCAGUGUGGUGCCUGUGUCUGCAAACGUUAAUGCAGGAGGGGGCUGGAGACAUCAGCAGGCAUUUCCAGGACUCCCUCACACAUGUUAAUCCCAAGGAGAGUCUGUGUCUGUGGCAGAUGCAGCUUCAGUGGAGCAUGGCUAAUGAGAGUCCGGAGGAUACAGAGGCCAUUUUCAAAAGAGGCCUUCUGUCUGAUGUGGCAACUGUCGCCAUGGAGAUGAAAGAGAGCUACCUUGAUUGGUCCUACUCAACUGGAGGCUAUAAAAAAGCAAGGAAGACAUUUACAAGCUUACAAGAAAAUCGGCCCCUGCCCAAGACCUUUUUCACCAAAAUGAUUCAAAUCGAGAAGAAUCAAGAGACUCCCAAGAUGAACAAUCUGAGAGACUAUUAUGAGAGGGCGCUGCAGGAGUUUGGCACGUUUGACGAUGAUCUGUGGUUGCAGUAUAUCCAGGACGAGGUUGGGCCACUCGGCCAGCCAGAGAACUGCGGAAAAAUCCACUGGAGAGCAAUGAAGUUUUUGGAAGGGGAGAGUGUGGAGAGAUACACCGCCAAAUAUACUCUACUACAGACUGGACACUUGUGAGGGAGGUUCUGGUUAUGGAGACAGCCACAUUUGCAACAAACAUGGGGCUUCUCCUGCUCAUGAAGCUUGAGCUUUACUGUCAGGUUACAAAUGGCCUGCUGGUUCCUCUUAAUCAUUCUGUGUUAUAUAGUUUAGUUUUGAUUGAGCUGAUUUUUGCCAUGUUCUAACGACUAUUAACUUUUGAGUCUAAACAUCUACUGUGUUUCAUAAGAAUACCAAUCUUCAAAAUAUUUACUUUAUUGGGAAAGUCCAGUUUUAUUGAAUUCCACAUUUGUCAUUUUUUGGAAUACAAGCUUUGAUGCUGUUAUAACAUUAAAACAGUCUUUUGUCUGAGAAUGUUUUCUGGGACAGUGGCAUGACACAAAUACGAAAAUAUAACAACGUUUAUUUGCAGAAAAAAAGUCCUGAGCCACACCUCAUUUCUUCAAAGGAGCCAAAAUUUCUGCUAAUCUUCAAAACUAAUCUUCUUUUUUUAUAUCUUAAGUUCGGUAAGGCCUUGUACCCAACCAUUUUGAGAUGGAAACGUUAGUUUGUAAGUCAUAUAUCACUAACUUAUAAAUCUCUUGAGCAUUAACAAGGGAUCUAACUCAAUAAAUGAGCCAGUGGUCUGUCUAUAUAUGGGAGACAACUUGGCAAAGAACUCAUUUUAAAUGGUUUCUUUAGGCACUUUGUAACUAACAGUUGUUCACACAUUUUGAUACAUUUCUUUAGCAUAUAGACUUUGUAAAUACAAAGUGCAGCAGAUAAACAAAUGUCGACAAACUUGAAAGUGUUUUUUGCACCAACAAUGUGAUUCACAAAGAGAAUUUAGAUGUCCACAUUCAAUUUUUCUGCAUGGCAAGUAGAAGAAAGAAAAAAGGAAAAUUGGAAUGUGAAAGAAUUUAUGGCCAACACCUGAUACAGGACCUGAGAGAUACAUCAUGAUAUUUUGUUAAUUCAGCUGCUGUCCAUUGAUGCGUGGUGAGAAAUAUUCUCCAUUGAAGGUUGGCUGUGAAGAAGCAAGUCUUCUGGUAGGUUAACACAGGGAAAAUACACAAGUACCAGAGUUUUAGUGGAGUGUUGAAUUCAAAUUGGAAUGGUUUUACUUAAAAUGGUCUUUUUUAUAUGCAUGUAAAAAAGUAAGAAUAACAGAAACAGUAGAGGUUCAGUGAUGGUGUGAACCUGAAUUUAGCCAAUGGAAUGGUGGGGAAUCCUGUGAAAAUGAGUGGAAAUAUGAACACCAGACUUUGAUCUACCAUGCAAUAUUAUGUGGAAAGCUUCUAAUUGAUAAUGUCUCAAUGUUUUAGCAGACCAUGAAUCCCCAAAAAACUCUUUAAACAUUAGUUAUUGUUUAUAGAAAAAAAACAAUGCAUUGGCCCCCACAAAGAGCCCACUUAGCAAUGUGGGAUAAUGAUGAUAUACAAGGUGAAUUAAAAGUUGCAAAAAAACAAGGUCUUUCAGAAACAACUGGAAAAAUGACAGAUCUUAAUUACCCAGUAAGCAAUGGCCUUUCUUAAAAACCUGUAUUAGAAUCUCUGGAGAUAUUAAAUGAUGGGAUCCUGUGCCACCAGCUCUAUUCAGCACCAGGGACAGCACAUUGAACAUGUGAAAUAGCUGUGGAUCGCGACAAGUGUGUGCAGUUGUUGCUACAUACUGUGUUGAUUACUUUUGAAACUCAAAAUAUUUAGUAAAUCUGAUUGCUGCAAUAGAUUUGUGAGACAAGUUUGGUCUUUGAUAUGUUACAUGACCACCUUCCCAUUGGAAAAGCUUGCCCUAGAUUCAAUAUGGCGACUUUCAAUAUGGAAACUUUAAAAAAGGGCGGACCCCCUCAUCCAUAACUUGCUCAGUUGGUCAGAUAUGUAAUUUCCCCUUUAGUUUCUGACAUAAAAUGGUGUCCUGUGACUUGGGACUCACCUUGGCAUGUAAAACUAUAAAAGAAAUUAGUAGAAAUCUUCACUAAGAGUGUUAGGGCUGAGAUAAAGAAUAAAAGUGCACAUACAAGAUUAAGAAUUAUUGACAUUCAACGGGCAGAAGAAUUGUGCAAGCUCCUUGUUUUCCUUAAACAAGUCAUUUAUAUUUUGUUUGAAUAUCUUUGUAAAAUAUAUAAUACAUUUUCCCUGUAAUAAAGAAAUGAGGAAUGGCACAAGACUUUUUGCAAAGUACUGCAGUUCUCAUUGGCCAACUUCCUUCAGCAGGUCUUUUGGCAGGUUAGCAACACUAUGUAAUUUGAACAAAAAAAAAACAAACAAAAGGGGAUAUUCCCAAAAACAUACUUGAUACUACAUUAUUAACCAGUGUUUGCCUACCAUGUAUUACCUCAUUUAAAUUGCAGGUUUUUAUGGUACAAAAUGUCAUUAUGGGACACAAUCUAUUAAUACAAAGCAACAGUAGUACGCCUAAGAAUUGCCUUCAGCCCCCAAGUAUACAUACAGUGUUUAAGGACACUUAAAAUUAGUGCUUUAAAAAAAUAGCAGUACAACUACAUUGAUGUAAGUAAUGAGGUAUAACAAAAUGCUCAUGGAGAAAAUAGCAAUGAAUCAAAACUGUUGGCAAUACACACAUCCAUCUAUAAAAUUGUAUCACAAAAGGUUACCGGACAUGUUUUUGCUCAUCUGACAUCCAAAAACAAAUUAAAAAAAGGGAACAGUCAUGGACAAAGUCUUAUUGAAUUAGUAGCGGGUCUCUUAUAAUUCAAUUGAGCUGAUGCUCAUCUUGGCCAGUACACUUGCAAAAGGGCUUUAAGAUCUUGUGAGUCUAAUUCUCCAGUUAAGAAAUUGUUAAAUAGUGAAGAAAAAAAGAUCAAAAGAGACCCUUUUGCACAAUUUUGGGGUGAAAGGUUGAAAUGAUUUAAGGGACAUCGUUGUUUUAAAUACCUUCACCUUUUCAAAUGACACCAUCGUUAACACCACAUUAGGAAUAUCAAGUAUUUUUUUCAUAUCUCAUUUGGGCUUUAAGAGAUAACGAAACCAAACAAAAAAAAGUUAAUUUAAGGCAGACAAAUAUAAAUUUCAAUAGCGAUCCCUUUUAAAAAAAAUAGUCAUGCUGACGUUUUCUCUGUAAAUAAUUACUGACUAUAUAUAUAUUGCAAUGGUUUUGUAUGAAAUCAACAGAUUAUUUUGUUCUCUAAAAUUCUAAAAGCAACUAAUUGCCUGAAGUCAUAUCCUGCAGAAAACUAACCUGAGAAAAUGUUAAAUUUGUUCAGAUAUCUUUUUGCUCAACACUCUGAAAAACUAGAACUGGGACUGUAAUUCCCAAACAGCUAAUGGCUGCUAAAGUACACUUCAAAGUUUAUUUUAGGGGUUUUCAACUUUUAGGAAUAUAUCUGACUUUGCCUUUAGAAUUACAUAUGAAUUCCAGUUCUAAAAUGAAAAUGUUUUCAUAUUGGGACAUUAAUUAUGCCUUCUUAUGAAUGUUAACUCAUUGUGCAGAGCUAAGAGAAAUAUUCGAGACUUUGAAGUUCCACACCAUGAACAGAUCAUAAGUGUUUCCAAGAUAUUUAGGAAAAGGUAGUGUAAUAACUAGAUGAUAAUUGAAAAAAAAAAACUUCAUAGUUUGAUCGUGAUUUUAGAAAUCCUAUUGCUUCUCACAACUUUGCUGGAAAAUAUGGAAGGUGCCCACUUUUCCUAUUGGUCAUUGUGGAAGCAGACCACCAAUCACAGCUCUUAAGAGCUUUAAAGAUGUAUUUAA